GAAGCCCCUCUAAUCUUCAUUCGUCUGUAAACGUGGCCCACUGAAGGAAGGCUCAAUGAAAAGUCUGGUUGCUCCCCCCGGACCAAUUUUACGGGAUUGAAGCCGCCAAAGAACCCCUGCGGCUGGAGCACAGACUCACAGACUCUCAGCCACCCACAACCCCACUCCACUUCCAUUUGCCACCCACCACCCACCGACCCCACUCUAGUCAAAUUUAAUAAAGGCCGAAGCCCGAGCUGGAGCCGGAGCCGGAGCUGUCGUCGUUGAAAAGCUUCUCUGGUGGUGAGUGGUGCCAGUGGUGCCGAUGUCCUGAAUCCUGAAUCCUGUGUCCUUUAUUUUUGGGGGCGACACGCAGUGCGACAAAAGCCGCCCGCAGCGUUUUUAUACGCGCACAUAAUUCAAAGUGGAAAACACUGCCAAAAGUUAAUGCCCAAAAGCAAAGCCGCCGCAAUGAUAACCAACAAUAAUUUGGAUUAUGACCGGACCAGCAGCAGCAGUGGCAGGACCUCCACCACAGGGGGAGCGGUGGCAACAGCAGGAGGAACAGCAGCAACAACCACGAUGACAACAGGCAGCAACAACAGGAAUGGCAGCACCAGCAGCAGCAACAACUCCUCCCCGACGGCCGACAAUUCCAAUUCCAACUCAAAUUCAAAUUCAAAUUCCAACUCCAAUUCAAACUCUUAUUUCAAUCGAUUCGACAAUCGCAUUGCCGCCAAUUUGGCUGCUGUGCUGACGGGAGCCGGUGCCCGCUUCAGAUCCUCCUCCUGCAGCAGCAAUCGCCAACAGCAGGCCUCCAGCACCACUCCACGAUCCCCGAUGCAUGUCUCAACCAUUAGCAGAGGUAAGCACGGUCAUGGUCACGGUCUGGGUCUGGGUGUGGGUCUCGGACUGGCCACGCCCCCAUCGCCAGUCACUCUGGGACGUCGUCGGCCACUGCAGCUCUUCACGCACGCCAAUCUCAACUGCAAUGACAACGAGAAGGUGGCCCAAACGCCCAGCUCCGAUGAGGACAACUCACCCACAGAGCUGAACAAUUGCAAGCGUCUGACGGACAAGCCUCCUCUGGUCAAACGCUUAACUAUGGGUCUGCUGCGCCACAACGAGGAGUCCCGCCCACUGGUGGGCAACAUGACGCCCUUGAGGGCUCCGCUGGACAGCCAGCCUGUCUACUCGAAUGGCUACAUCAACGAGGACUCCUACAUCGACAGCAAGUUCGGUGACUCGUGCCGUCAGUCCCUCACAGCCAUUCCGAUGCUGGACAACGUCAAUCUGAACGACAACAACGAGUUCAACCUGAAGAAGCGCUAUCUGCGAGAGACGAGCAGCGCCAACUCCAGUCCGAAGAUCUUUGCCAAUCGCCUGCGAAUGAACCAGGGGGCAGCCAGUGGCCAGCGGAGCAGCAGCCUGGCCAACACCCACAGCAAUGUCGGUGCCGAGGAGGAGGAGGAGGCUGACCUCAAGGACGCCUGCUGGUAUCAGGCGGGCAUUUCCCGGGACAUUGCCGUGGAGGUGCUGCAGAGCAAGAGUCCGGGUGCGUUUCUGGUGCGCAAGAGCAGCUCAAAGCCGGGAUGCUAUGCCCUGACACUACGGGUACCCUCGCCCCCAGGACCGAAGAUAGCCAACUAUAUCAUUCUAAGAUCACCCAGGGGCUACAAGAUCAAGGGCUUUCGCAAGGAAUUCUCCAGCCUCAAGGCUUUGAUCACCCAUCAUUCGGUGAUGCCCGAGCUGCUGCCGGUGCCCCUGGCCAUGCCACGGCCCACAAAUAUCUCCUCAUCGCGACGGAAUCUCGACGACUUUGAUACCUAUGAUUCGCUGCAAAUGCUGCUCAAGUAUCUGCGCGCCAAAAACGCCGAGUCGGAGCAGCAGCAGCAGUAGCUAAUGGCGGAUAUCGAUCAUCUGGUAGCACAAAAUUACAUUUAAGUUCGAAAGUUCGAAGGGGCGAAAGCAAAACAAUUUUGCUGGGCAUCGAUACCACGAAAAUGUGAUACUCUCUAUGGAAAAGAAAACCACACACACACACAGAAACUGCAAAUGAAACGCCUAGCUGAUAAAUGGUGAAAGUAUUUCUAGUUUAGUUUAGUUUUUUUGACUUAAAUUAAAUUUAAUUGAUUUAUUUUUGAGGUUUGUGUAAAAGAAAAGUGAAAAUUGUGAGAAAGCUAACUGAAAAGUAAGAAUUAGCCAUCAUCCAUAUAUUGGCUUGUUGUCCAAGAAUUCCCAGAAUUCCCAGAAUUCCCAGAAUUCUAAGGAAAAAGAUUCUUUGGUAUCACAAGAAAAGAAAGGAAUAUAUAUUUGCAAUAAAAGCAGGGAAUACUUUCUUCUCGAACUUACCAAUAGUUUUCCUCCAACAUUUUUCCACUGCAAAAAAAUUUCAAAAAUUAAAAAUAUAUAU